UCUCUCUCCAUUCUACGCUUUCCCGCACUCUAUUUCCCCCUUUUCCGAUAAAAUUACGUCCCCAAUUUCACCGACGCUGAAUUAGGGUUCGGCCAUUCCUGCAAAAAAAUUGCCCAAUUCAUGGCCGAUCGUCCCGUUAAUACGGCCACCAGCAGCAAUCUGGCGGUUGCGCCGGCACCCAAGCCGAUAUGGAUGAAGCAAGCCGAGGAAGCCAAGCUGAAGAGCGAAGCCGAGAAGGCCGCCGCAGCUAAAGCCGCAUUCGAAGCCACCUUCAAUGCCCAACCCCAGCAGCUCGCUCUACCUUCCAUCGCGGAGUCAUCUUCCUCCGACUCCGACUCCGACGACGAGAGAUCGUCCGAGAGGGAACGCUCGGUGGGCCCGGUGGACCCCUCGAAGUGCACGGCGCAGGGCGCCGGGAUUGCCGGCGGGACCGCCUGCGCGGGGGCCACUUUUAUGGUGGUGACGAAGGACGCCGAUGGGGGCAAGGUGGUCCGAGGUGGGGCCCAGGUGAGGGUUCGUGUGUCGCCCGGUGUGGGUGUUGGUGGAACUGAGCAGGAAGGUGUUGUGAAGGAUAUGGGAGAUGGAAGCUACAGUGUGACUUACGUUGUGCCCAAGAGAGGGAAUUAUAUGGUGAAUGUUGAGUGCAAUGGGAAGCCUAUUAUGGGAAGUCCGUUUCCUGUUUUCUUUAGUGCAGGGACUCCCACUGGUGGGCUUCUUGGCAUAGCUCCACCAGCUUCAUAUCCUAAUUUAAUUAACCAGACCAUGCCCAAUAUGCCAAAUUAUUCGGGUUCUGUGUCUGGUGCUUUCCCAGGGUUGCUUGGAAUGAUUCCAGGUGUUGUUAAUGGAGCAUCAGGUGGAGUGGUUUUACCUGGAAUGGGGUCAUCUUUAGGAGAAAUGUGUCGAGAAUACCUUAAUGGGCGGUGUGCAAGUACUGAUUGCAAGUUUAAUCACCCCCCUCAUAAUCUGCUGAUGACUGCAAUAGCUGCCACCACUACAAUGGGAACUCUCAGUCAAGUGCCAAUGGCACCUUCUGCUGCUGCCAUGGCAGCUGCCCAGGCAAUUGUUGCUGCUCAAGCCCUUCAAGCGCAUGCUCAAGCUCAGUCAAAUAAAGACUCAUACGGUUUAGGUAAUAGUGAGAGGAAUGCAGAUUCACUUAAAAAAAUGGUACAAGUUAGUAAUCUCAGCCCACUGCUUACAGUGGAUCAGUUGAAACAGCUCUUUGGCUUUUGUGGCACUGUUGUGGAAUGCAUCAUUACCGAUUCUAAACAUUUUGCUUAUAUCGAAUACUUGAAAGCGGAAGAAGCCACUUCUGCUUUGGCACUGAACAACAUGGAUGUUGGCGGUCGUCCAUUGAACGUCGAAAUGGCUAAGUCACUUCCGCCAAGACCCAUUUUGAAUUCUCCAUUAGGUUCGUCGUCUUUGCCAAUGGUGAUGCAGCAAGCUGUUGCUAUGCAGCAAAUGCAAUUCCAGCAGGCUCUCCUGAUGCAGCAAACAUUGACAGCACAACAGGCAGCUAAUAGAGCUGCGACAAUGAAGUCUGCAACAGAUUUAGCUGCAGCCAGAGCUGCUGAAAUAAGUAAGAAGUUGCAAGCUGAUGGCCUGGUUAUUGAAGUAAAGGACUCUGAUAGAAUAUCAAGGUCACCAUCUCCAACUCGUGCCAAGUCAAAAUCCAGGUCAAGGUCCAAAUCAGUGUCUCCCAUCAAGUACCGUCCUAGACGGAGGUCUCGCUCAUACUCGCCUCCUCGUCGAAACCGAGACUAUAGAUCAAGAUCGCCUGUGAGAUCUCGGUAUCACUCAAGUUAUGAGAAAGAAAGAAGAUACUACAGGGAAAGUAGGGAUGUCAUUGACAGAAAUAGGAGGCGAGACAUCGGUAGAUCACAUGAUAAUGUUUCACCUGUUUCCAGGAGAAAGAGGAGCAGGAGUUUGAGCCCUCGAACCAAGAGGUCACGUAAAGAUGAUUCAGGCACAUCAAGACGUCGUCGGGAAAGUCCAAUCGAGAAAACAAGGAAAUCAUCUCGCCCUGAUUCAAGAUCUCCUCAACGUCAUAGGAGGAGAUCUUCAUCUUCAGGAGAUGAGGCAGAUAGAUCAAAGCAGCAUAGAAACCACUCUUUGUCAAGGUCUGAUGAAGUUAAACAUCAUUCUAGUGAUAAGAAAGACAGCAUGAAGGAAGAAAAGUCCAAGAGUCGAAAUAGGAGACGCUCUAGAUCCAAUUCGGUGGAGGAUCGAAAUGGAAGAAGAUCUCCUCCCCCAAGAGUUGUGGAGGAAAGCAAAUCUAGACACAAAAGACGCUCCAGAUCCAGAUCUCCGGUAGAUAAGCAUCAGUCAAGUGAGAAAUAUGAAAGGAGCAGAGAGGAUAAAUCAAGAAAUCGCGAUAAAAGGCGCUCAAGGUCUAGGUCAACUGAUGGGAAACAUCGGAGAGGCAGUAAGGCAUCUCGGCGGCGUUCAGAUGAACACAAGUCAAAACAUAGGAAGCGCUCUCGGUCAAAGUCUACAGAAAAUGAUAAUAAUUUGAAUGAUAUUGUACCUGUUGAAAGCAAAGAUGAAGCAUCUCUGGAGCGUCCAGAUGAACACAAGUCAAAAGAUGGGAAGCGCUCUCCUUCAAACUCUGCAGAAAAUGAUAAUGAUUUAAAUGAUUUUAUACCUGUUGAAAGCAAAGAUAAAGCAUUAGAGACUGAAAAUGACAGAUCUGUCACAUCUGAUGAUGUCUAUGUGGACAGGUUGAACGAGUCGAUGCAUGUGAGGGAUAACGAGGUUGGAAGUGAUAGUGAUUCAAAGUUUGACGCUGAAUAGAUUACAUUGGGGUGUGGAGCUGUGCUUAUUUUGGUUAGAGCAAUUCAAGAAGUGUUUCUGCCAAUCUCAGAUCCAACCAUGGAAUGUUUUUUUCCUGAACUGUUUAAUUCAUGUAUACUGGAUUAUAACCUCUCUGUCAGUAAUUAGUUGAAUUCUUGUUUGUCAUGUCAUUUUGUCUGCUAAUUGUUGUCAAUUUAUAUUUGGUAAUUGUGUUAUUUCUGUAUCUUUCCCUAAGAUGCAACCUUUUCCUUUAUGUCAAUUUUUUUUAUGAAUUGUCUCAUCAUUCUGUUGAGUUUCGGUUGUUUGAAUACCUGCGCUAAAGAUGCCACCCCCGCCCUUAAUGUCGAAUGUCAUUUUGUUUUGAUGAAUUUUAUGUUUGUUUAAGUAAAUAAAUGCAUUCACUUAGGAAUAAGAUGAAGACAGCAUAUCUAGAGUUUAAUGUGCUUGAAUGAGCUCAUGGGGAGUCAUCGUCAGGAUUUGAUAGUUUUGUCUGAUAUGGUUAAUAAUAAGUUGCAUUCAGUUUGAAUUUAUUGGUUUUGGGAGCCUGUUACAUUCCAUAAAGCUGCAGGUUUAUGGGAUGCUUUUUUCUUGGUGCUCGUUCAGAUAAAUUUGGCAUGAUUGUCUACAUCUGAUUAUGUAUGAAAGGCAAGGUUCUCUAAAAGAUGAUUCCAAGUCGGAUGUUGGCGAGUUGGUUGAUUAAUUUCUUGGUUCUUUUCCUACAGGAUGCAUCACUGGAGAAGAUCUUGGGCAACAACCAAUGGGUGUUCUUAAUGCUUUAAUUGUUAGCUUCUCGAAUCGAAUAGUUUAUUUUGAUUCAAUUUUCUGAUAUAUGUGAGCUGUGCCAUGUGUAUUAGUCAAUAAGUGACGAGGUAGAACAGAAGAUUUCAUGAUCUAUUGUUUAUAGGUUUAUUUUACAACACCAGAUCUUACUCGUUGUGCCGUUUCAAGUAAGAUCUUACUAAGCGAGGUCUGUAAAUGACCACUUACACGGUGUUGUACAUGUUUGAUUUUUUCUUUUUCCAAUAUUCUUUUUAUUAA